AUGGCGCACCCAAAGGAAUACUCGUUGUCAGGAUUGUGGGGGAAGUUGGGAUUGGAUGUUCCGACGUUGGUGUUGAUGGCAAAAGGAGCGCUCCCGUCAGUAAUAUUCACCGCGGCGUAUCAAGCGACUCCCGUGGCAAAAACAUAUUCAACCCUUGGCUAUGUUGUUUCAAUCAUUGCCGCGUUAUCGCUAUGCAUUCUCCCCCAAGCAAAGCUGGUUCAAUUGACGGUUCAAAACUCCAUAGCAGUGGCUCUCGCAGCCGCAACAUCCUUGCUAGGAGUCUGGACAGCAACUCGUGCGCGAGCUCAUUACCCUUCUCCGCCCAGGCAAAGAUAUAAUGCCUCCGCUUCCGCGGUUUCGGCCGCUUGGCUGUUUGUCGUCAUCUGGCUGGCCAACCUUUUAAAAGCGAGGAUACCUUCACUCGCGCUCCCAGUUAUCAUGUACACUAUAUUUGUGUCCAUCAUUUACACCAAUGGUGGACUCUACACGAUGCCUCAGGCAAUUAAUGCGGUGGUCUUAAUGCUCAAGUGUUUCUUUACCGGAUACGGACUUGCAUUCGCUGUGGGGAUGAUUGUUUUCCCGGUGAAUUGUCGACAGAUUUGGUGGAAGGUAUUUGCGGGGUACCUGUUGACCUCUAAACAGUUAUUGGUGGAGCAGAAAAACUUCUUGAGACAACAUGAGACGAUGGGAACGGAAGAGGGUAAAAAGUCUGCCGCUGCGCUUGCAGCUCUCGAGAAAGCACAUGCUGAUCUUUUCACCAAAUUAUCGACCGAAUUGCCAAUGGCGAAGCGGGAGAUCGCGUUGGGCCGGUAUUUGACGAGCGAUCUUCAGGAAGCGUAUCGCCUAGUUCGAGCAACUCUACUCCCGUUACAAGGGAUGACUGUGAUUUUAGAUAUCUUCAAUCGUGCACCUAGGAUGGAUUCUGAAGAGGAUGAAAAGUGCCCUAUACCAAGGGAAGAGCAACUACCUGAGGUCAUGAAAACCUUGCACGAGCCUUAUGAACGGAUAGUAGGAAUGUGUGGUGAAGCAAUCGAGCAUGUCCUUCUGACAAUGAAACUUAAGUCCCCUCCUAAAAAGCCUGGGGGAGAUGAAGAAGCACCGAGUAUGGAACCCGGAGAGGAAGGUUUCUGCCAAACGCUUGAAGAGAAAGUGCAAGAAUUUUAUAACACACGUGCGGGGGAUGUGAGAACAUAUUUCACUCCAAGUAAAGCAGCCAAGACCCAGGACACUGCAGAAGGCAUCUCGGCCGAAGUGUAUAUGGAUGAGAAACGCCGCAGCGAGUUAUACCUUGUUCUUUUCAUGGAAUACCUACUCUACAACGCGGCCAAAUCACUCUUAGGACUCGCUCGAUUCGCUGAGGAGAAGAAGCAACAAGGUGUGAUAGACAGUACAAGAUUAGUGUAUCCUACCGCCAAACGCUUGAAAAAAUGGCUGCGCUCUAUGGCAUCUGAUUGUAAUGACGACAUCGUUGAUGUUUCCGAUGUUUGUGCAGUAAGGGUUCCAGGGCUUGGCGGGAUAGCACCAAAGAAGGACCCUGAGCACUUGCCUGCUAGAAAUUCCUUGCAGAAACUCGGGAAUCUGAUUGCCGUUUUCACGGAAGGUAUUAGUAGCAGCGAGAGUGGGUUUGGGCUUAGAGUUGCCUGUGCUACCCUUGCUGUUGCUUUACCCGCUUAUUUUGAGUCAAGUUAUAUUUUCUUUACUGAACAGAGGCUGGUGUGGGGGUUGAUAGUAAUAGCUAUUGGAAUGUCUCCUACCUCUGGGGCUUCGUUGAUAGGAUUUGUCGGAAGAGUUGCGGGAACAGUAAUAGCUACAGUACUUGCACUGAUAAAUUGGUAUAUUGUGGAUGGGAUAACACCGGGAGUAAUAUCGUUUCUGUGGUUCUUCGUCGCUAUCGAGUUUUACUUUGUUAUCAAGCACCCGACCUUGAUCCAAAGCACACUGACAGCACUCGUUACACACAUUAUCAUCGUCUGUUACGAACUCCAGGUUCGCAAAAUUGGCAAUGAAGUCUCAGCACGAGGUGGUCAGCCCGUCCUCUCCAUCAAUGAAAUCGGACCCCACCGCCUACUCGUAACAAUAGGCGGCCUCUGCGUAGCAAUGAUAUUCACAAUCUUCCCUUACCCAACCACAACCCGCAGCCUAAUCCGAACUUCCGUGUCGUCGUCCCUCUUCCUACUAGCAAGAACAUACAGCAUUACACUCUCACUUCUCCAAUUGAGAAUCCACGGUACGGCCGGCGACGAGUCAGACAAAAACUCACCAGGACGAAGGUACGAGAAGGCGCGUGUGAAGCUCCUCACAGAGUCCUUCUUGGCAAACGACUCUCUUCGCUCCCAGAUAGAAUUCACAGGGUACGAACCCUCACUCCGAGGCCGCUUUCCAAGAGAACAGUACGACGGGGUCCUAGAAGGUGUGCGGAAUAUAACCAGCUACCUAUCCAUAAUAUCCUAUGCCUCGAGAACCUUCUCCAUGGGUGGUGAAUGGGCAGAGGAUUUAUCAACGCUGCUCAGAAACGUCGAUACCCAGAUGGACAAAAUCACCAGUCUGCUCUGCCUCCUUAGCGCGAGCUUAGCCAGUGGCAACCCCCUGCCACCUAGUCUGAGCCUACCAGCGCCGUUUCGGCUAGCGCGGGCAAUGGAAGAAAGGGAUGGGGGAGUUAGGUUGGAUCAUCUCGUUGAGCCGGGGUUCGUGGCGUUCGCCGUUGUGCAGGUCGCUAUUGGAGUUAUGCGGGAUGAUCUUGUUCGGGUUAUCGGGAUGGUCGAGGAGUUAGUGGGUAGGGUGGAGUUUCCGGAGGAAAGGAGCUCUUUGGAUGAUUUGAAGGUUGAGGUGCCUUGAGCUGGUUCUAUUGAAUUUUUGGUUUCAGGAUUUUUGAGCGGGGGUAUGGGAUAUCACACACCUCAGGAAUUUCAUUUCCCAUAAUAUAAUGAAUGAUAGGUAAGUGACCUUUUGUGAUUAUAGUAUAGGACAGGAUUUAUGUUGUAUUGGGAGGAUGAGUCAAAAAUGGAAUAAAAGGCAACCGUAUCCGCUAUCAUCACGGGGGACAUCAUGAA